CAUUUUCCUAACCUAUUGUUCCCAACGUCUCAACCGUCCGUCGAUCUGACAGUUGACCACGUGAUAAUACUAGACGCAACAUUUCACGAAACGCGACCUUCGCCCCCUUCCAUAGCCGCGUCUCAAGAACAUCAUCACCAUCGCCAUGACGGAUCGACCUCAGUCAGAGAUCAUCCGAGAACAUCCCAUCGGCACAGGCCUAGAUGCCUUCCGUGCUUCAUUCGAAUCAGUUUGUAAAGAUAGGGGCAUCUCCUGUCCUGCGCUAGACGCGGUUAGUCAGCUGGGCCAACAAGAUUUGCAGAAUCUUGCGUUUAGGCUUCUGAAUACACUCCAAAUCCUCCCUAUUACCUCUCUUCUACGUUCGAAUACUGGCCGUGGUACCCUUCAAAUCGAUCUGUUGAAACGUAUACCCGCCCUCAUCUCCGACGACUUGUACAACUUCGACUCGGACCAAUUCGAACCACUUUUCAAUGCAGUCAUCACCAACAAGCCCGACGAUGAGAUCUGGCGCCAAGUGUACUGUGCCGUUACCGAAGCCACCCCGCCUCCCCGACCAAUAGUAUUUUCCUUUCUUCAAACUCCGAAGUCUUUCAAUACGAACAGUUUUGCAAACUCCUCCGAAUAUCGUAGGCAUGUGGACAUGGUCCUCAAGGAUGAGCUCGGCGCUAUGUACGUCGACCUUCCUAACUUCCAUAACAUCUUUUUCGGUCGGGUGGCAGGUCUAAAGACAGCAUCAGAGGCCGUCUUCAACAAGUGCAUGGAGGGCAGCGAACCACUCUUCCGUACUGGUUGGCGCGGGUGGCCGACAGAUGCGAACCAGGACCGUGUCCUGGCCUGGCUUGCAGAAGUGAGCGAGAAACUGGCAAUGUUUGCAGAAGAGUACACCCCGACGCCGACGCCGCAACGAAGGCUGCUAGUACAACCUAAUAAACCGAUCCUCGGCUCGAAAGCGGAACGCAAAUUGGACGUCGGCUUCGUGGAUGACUCAAAGGGUGGAAAGGAUACUCAAUGGAACUGGUCGCAUGUCCUCGUACCGGGCGAGCUGAAGAGCAAUCGUUCGGCCGAUAUAGCGUCAAACGCGUGGCUCGAUCUCGGGAAGUACGCGAGGGAAGUAUUCGCUGCUCAAGACACGCAGAACAGUCGUCGCUUCGUCUUGGGAUUUACUAUCUGUGGGUCACUCAUGAGAUUAUGGGAGUUUGAUCGGCUCGGGGCCAUCGCAUCCAAACAGUUCGAUAUCAACAACGAGGGCUUACAGUUCGUAUCAACGGUCCUCGCCUUUCUCUGGAUGAGCGAGGAGGAGCUUGGGUUCGAUCCAUCCAUCAUAAAGGAGGAUGACAAGCAGUUCGUCCAGAUCAAGAGGAAUGGCUCAACAGAGCGUCUCAUCAUUAAUGAAGUAAUGCUACGCGCACGUUGUAUAUCCGGCCGGGCAACGACCUGCUGGAAGGCCCAUCCCGAGGGAGACCCGCAGACGCCACUAGUCAUUAAGGAUUCCUGGCAGUACCCUGAGCGCGACGAGGAAGGGGAGCUGCUGCGAGAUGCGACCGAUAAAGGGGUAGUGAACGUAGCUCGAUACUAUCACUACGAGACGGUCCAAGUGCGCGGAACCGAUGACGAUGUCCGAAGCAACGUUCGGGGAGGAAUGGAUGUUAGUACGGCGAAGAACUACAGGCCGGAACACUCGACGCCGUCGACCAGGACGGCUACGGCUAGUGCCUCACGGAAAGGCCGCAGUACUAGCAUAGCUGGCAAGAAACGGUCAUCUAGCCAAACCGACGCCGCUUUACCCUCCAGCAAGCGAUCCUAUACGGUAUCUCCGACCAGUGAUGCGCUGCCGAAUCGGGUACAUCGGCGAGUCAUUCUUCGCGAUUAUGGACAACCCAUCUAUAAAGCAAGCUCCCGAGCGGCCCUACUUGCUGCGUUGAAAGGCUGCAUUGACGGACACGAGUCCCUAUGGAGAAAGGCCGGCCUCCUUCAUAGAGAUAUUUCCAUUAAUAACCUUAUAAUUAAUGAGGACGAUAACAACCCUUCCUGGCCUUCGUUCUUAAUCGACCUAGACCUUGCUGUUAGAAAGGAACGAGAAAGUGCCUCCGGAGCAAAGGGCAUGACCGGCACUAGGGCGUUCAUGGCAAUUGGGGUCCUUCUGGGCGAACAACAUUCCUUUAUGCACGAUCUGGAGUCGUUCUUUUGGGUUCUAUUCUGGAUCUGCGUCCACUACGACGGGCCAAACGAGAGCAGAGUUAUUGAAGAGUUUGACCAAUGGAAUUAUAUCCGCCCGGUAAUGUUGGCAGACUUGAAGAAGGCGAAAGUGGAUGAUGAAGGAGAUUUCAUCAAAUCCGCACAAGAAAACUUCACGUUAUACUACCAGCCGUUGAUACCUUGGGUCAACAAACUACGGAGAGAAGUAUUUCCGAAUGGUGGGAGGUGGAAAAAAGAGAACGAGGGAUUGUAUGAUCGGAUGAGGGGGAUUCUUGGGGAAGCCCGAGAGGAUCCAGAGGUAUUACGGAGAGAUAGCUUCGCGAAUUAGUGUAAUCAGCAGAGAAUUAUAUACAGUGAUCUGCGUGCAUGGAGAAGUAAUAGGCUUUCUUUUCAUGUAUGAUUAUGGGGAGGUAAUCAGAUACUACUAUAUAGACGGUGGGGUUUUAAAUGGUCUAUAAAAUCAUAAGUCUUUCGGAG